UGGCAAAAAUACUAAUAACACUCAACCGAUUUAUAUUGAAAGUAGUGUAUAUUGAAUAGAAAACAUUAUAUUUUAUUCAAUAAUUCGUAGAAAUUACGUGUGGGUUAUUCCGGAACAAUUUAAAUAUUAAAAUUUGAUAAGCAGAUAUUUCUUAAUAUUUAAAUAAUUUAUAUAUUGAAGAUCGAACAAUAAUACAUGAAGGAAAAAAAACAAAAUAAACGACACCAAGUUAACAAUCGGCUUAAAUCGAUCUUUAUGCACUGUAUUUAUAUGUGCAACUGAUGUGAUUUGAAUGAAUAUAAUGCAUACUUAAAACUUAGCCGUUGCGGGCUUGAUAUAUCAGUUAUAUUUUUAAGCAUUUUGGCUGUUCGGAGCUUUCGAAUUAUGAUUAAUUACGAUUAACGCGUUUUAUCUUUAAUAAUUCGUGCAGACAUAUAGCAUAUAUAUACAUACUUAUACGUGUCACAUGUAAUUUAUGAGAAGUAAAGUUUGAAAGUAGCGACACCUAACACGCAAUUAAAACAACUGAGAAGCGUAUACAAACAUAGACCCGAAAACUUUAUUUACAUUCCGCAAUGAAUAUAAGCACUUCAAAUGACGCGACGUCCAGUGUCAUUUGUACUGAUUAUGGCAGUACAACGUUAAAAAUUACAUCUACUCUAGCGGACGGCGGAAACGUUACCUGUACAUCUGAUAGCGCGGCAACGGCUAGUACAACUUCUACCUUCGGUUAUCAAAGAUUAACGUCUAUAAAACUUUCUAAACCUGAUACAUUCAUCAAAACUCCCGGGACGAAAACUGUGAUAUCUACACGAUUCUUAAAAAUGACAAUGGAUAUGAAAUCGAAUUGUGCUGAUAGUGACACAAAGCAAUCUCUAAUAAAUAUCGAGUAUUUCUUAAAUAUUAUUAAUCAAAUUUGCAUUGGUUUUACGACCAUCUACAUGAAUUGGUUAUGUUUGAGUACCGGCUUGACGAAGACCUCAUUGCAUGCAUGGCUGGUAACGCUUGGGUUCUCGUUUCUUAUGGCAGAGGCGAUUAUGUGCCAUUACAAAAGUAAUGUACUAACUUGUAAUUUCCCUAGAGCUACUAAAACUACUAUACAUUGGGUAUUACAAGUAUUAGGCGGUGGUUUAGGUAUAACUGGAACGCUUGUCAAAUGUAUACAGAAAGGAUUCCUAAUAGUAACAGUGCAUGGAAAAUUAGGCUUUGCCGCUCUUAUCUUAUGCUCUAUUAGUAUGAUAUCGGGCUUGGCUGCUCUUUACUCGCAGAAACUUAAACAGUUCUUGAGUCCUCUUUUAAAUAAAACUUCUCAUAAUCUCUUAGGCUUAAUAACAUUUGUGCUGGCCUUAACUGCACAGUAUUAUGGUUAUGAGACGGGAUUUUUCGUUCGUAAGACCACCGAAGAUUUUCGAAUUCUUAUGAAAUUUAUUACAUUAAUGACCCUAAUAUUGUCAAGUGUAGGACCAUUAAAGUCUUUAUAUCAUAAGCUAAUGAAUGUUAAAAAAAAUUACUGGUAAACCUUUUUGUUGUGACCUUCGAAACAAGGCGAGAAUAUAAUAAUAAUUAAAAA